AUGUUUCGACGAGUCGUGAGGAGUCACACGAAGCUCGGGGUGGCGGUAGUGCUUAGUACUCCUAUACUCUCAUUGCAGUCAAAUGCAUAUGCAGAGCAGCGAGUACAUGCGAGAGGUGAAGCGCUGGGACGAGGAGUGCGUCUUGAGCUCUGGAAGGCUCAGCAUGAAAAUGUAACUGUACUGGACCUUGAGAAGAAGAGGCCGAGGAAACCUAUCGAAACACUGAUGCUGUCAUUUAUGGUUAUGAUGUCAUCAUGUGUACAGGUGCAAAAGUUUAUUCACGAUGCAAACGGGGUGCUGCGUUCAACGUUAGACUUGGCGCUCACAGAGCUUCCGAUAAACGAAGAGGCUGUUGUGACGACGCAGCGCGGAUAUAAAAUUGAGGGUCUUACGUUUGAGGACGACGUGAAGGUGUGCGGCAUCAGUGUUGCCGUGAAACCGGAGACGCAGAAAGGUUUGGCACAGGUUCUACGCACGUCUCUUCCGUACGUGGCCAAGCUCGGCGAGAUUUUGGUGCAGGAGGUUGCCAAGGGCGGCAACAAGGUUGUAAGCACAAUUCUUCCAGAGGAUCUUGACGGCCACGAAGUGCUACUUCUUUUGCCGGUUUUCACUUCGAUCGCCCAGAUUGACAAAAUUGUUCAUCUUUUGAUGCAUCAAGGUGUCACGGAAGAAAAGAUUACACUCGUGACUCUUGUUACUUGCCCAGAAGCUGCUGAUGGGUUCUGCAAGGCAUUCGGCGACGCUCGGCUAGUAACCGCUUCCUUUGACUUGAAACUGAACAAUGAAGGUCACAUUGUUCCAGGCAUUGGUUCCUUUGAAGAUCGUUAUUUGGGCAUUCCAAGUGUUGAUGUAGAGCUUGUAGACGAUCCUGUCUCAAACGAAGGUGACAACGAGAGCGCUUUGAAGGCCAAACUUACACAUAAAUUGAUAUCGUGGAUACAAAAGGACUGA